AUUUUUGUGGCGUCAGCGAUAUUUUCGGAAGAAGAGAGACGGAGAGUGAAGGCGGAGAGAGAGAGAGAGAGGCGGAGAUGAUACCGCAGCAAUGGACGCCGCCGUGUGGGAGCAAAUGCACGCAUAAGUACUCAGCUUUUACGCAGCUUCCAUGGAGAGUGUUCUGCAAAAAGGGAUGUGAUGCCGAUAGUGACUCAUGGGAAGAUUGUUUAAGUUUCCAAGUUAAUGAAUUGGUGUAAUAGUAGUGUACUCUCUAUAGGUGUAGGAGACUGCAGUGAAAUAUGCUACAAAGAUCCUGUGCUAAAAGACAGACCAUGGACUGCAGUUAUAGAUCGUUCUCCUGGAGAUGCCAAAUACUCUGAGGAAUGCUUUCACGCAUGUGUAGCAGGCUGUGGUUACAAGUUUGAUGUUGAAGCUGAGAUAGUCAAUAAGGUGAAACCAAAGAGACCUCCACCACCACCGCCAAAGCCACAACCACCACCACCACCACCACAGUCUCAAAAACCAAAGCAGCCUCCUACUGAGGAUGUUCCUGCAACUUCCGCUUGACAUUUCACAUCCCCCAUCAAAGGCUAACACUUUAAACUCCUCAAUUUUUGGUAUCUAGGGAGUAUUAAUGUUCAGAGUAGCCAACUGGUCCAUAAUCCAUUUUCUUGAUAGUUUUGUAAUGGAGUUUGGAGAGUAUAUUAGUGGGACUCGUCCCGUGGAUUGACCCUUUUUGGUCCCUAAGGCAUAUUAAUGAACUUAGAACAUCACCAAA